GUUUUUCAAACAUUUUUGUCAAUUCAUUGUUUGUCACUCUCUUUGAGCGCCGAAUCGGGUGUCCAGUCGUCCACUGAAUGCCCGCAAUGGCCGCCGAAGGCUGGGAUCCGUUCGCAGAUAACACUGCCAUUCAGGACAUGAAUGAUGACUAUUUGAUGGCUUUGAGUCUUCAGGCCAUUGAGGAUGAGUUCAACUCUCACUCGCAAUCAUCUGCUGUUGUCGGCCACGAAUCUGACCACCGAUUGGCCACUGAUUAUGAAUUGGCGAUUGAGUUGUCGAGAGAGUUGGCCAAAGACGAGGCGGACAACGGCCCGAUGGACCCGACGGACAUCGUGUCGCCCCGUCUCGAGCUCUCAGACCCCAGUCCUAACAUUUGGGAACUGAUGAAGAUUUUUGACCGCAUGUUCUUCGCCGGCGUUUUAGCCAAACAUUGCAUUGAGUUGUCGUGGAGUUCGCGGAUGACAUCAACAGCUGGUCUCUGCGGUUGGGAUCCACACACUAACUUUUGUUUCAUUCGUCUCUCUUUGCCAUUACUUCAGUUGAGAUCACGAAAAGAUUUGGUCGAAACGCUGAUCCAUGAGAUGAUUCACGCCUUACUCUUCGUCACCAAACAAGAUGAUAAUCACGAAAGUCAUGGCCAGAAGUUUCACGAACACAUGUAUCGCAUAAACCGUAUGUCGGGAACCGAUAUCACAGUUUACCACAGCUUUCACGACGAGGUCCGCAGUUAUCAGCAGCACGUGUGGAGAUGUGACGGCCCGUGUCGUACGAGAGCCCCCUAUUUUGGUUACGUUCGGCGAGCGAUGAACCGAAAGCCCGGACCCUCUGAUUAUUGGUACAAAUUUCAUGAGAAAAGCUGCGGAGGAAUGUUCACCAAAGAGUCGGAACCGCCGCCAAAGACCACUCACACUAAUGCCAGUCAAUCCAUAACUCUUACGCCCGAAAAACUUAAUAACAAAGAUAUUAGAGAUUAUUUGACACCAAAUGUGUGGACGUCGGCCACCGUUAGCACCACUGACGCCAAUGAGAGCGAGAAACCUAAGGUCGAGCUCUUCGCUGGAAAGGGUCACAGAUUGGGGAACAUUAAGACGGAAAACAAUCCUAAAUCAGUGAUAAAUUGUGAUAAUUUCAAUCAAACGAGUGGUAGUAGUCUGUUGUCAAUCGAUGGCAAACCGAUUGUGCCGUUCACUGGCAGAGGGCAUGUGUUGGGCAGUCGGCAAACUGUGGGGCAAUUGGGCUCUACCAGUGCCGCCACUUCUUCGGCACCCAAACCCAAAUCACUGCCAAAACAUGUGCCACAGAAGAAGACAACAAACAAAACGCAAAACAUAGAAGUGAUUCAAAUUGAUUAA